CUAGUUGCAUCACUGGCCCAUCACUUGUGAAUAUCUGCUUUCCAGAGCUCUCAUUCCUGCACAGAAUGAGUUUGAGCCACAUGGAAGACAUGCCUUUAAGCCAUUCAGGCCCUCAAGGAACACACAGACCAUCCUGGAAGCAAUGGUUCCUCUACUCAACCAUAGUUAUUUUGCUGUUUCUCUGCUCCUUCAGUACACUAAUUCUUACUUUUCUUCCACUCAAGACUGCCAGUGAGCCCUGCGUAGCUAAGUUCGGACCACUUCCUUCAAAAUGGCAUAUGACAUCUCCUAAGCUUCCUUGUGUGAAUAAUACAGCUGAUUGGAACCUGAAGAUACUUCGGAAUGGCUUGUAUUUAAUUUAUGGUCAAGUAGCUCCAAAUACAACCUACAAGGAACCAGCUCCCUUUGAGGUGCGGCUAUGUAAAAACAAAGACGUCAUACAAACUCUAACAAACAACUCUACAAUUCAAAAUGUAGGAGGGACUUAUGAACUGGAUGCUGGAGAUACGCUUCAUUUGAAAUUCAACGAUGAACAUCAGGUUCUUAAAAAUAAUACCUACUGGGGGAUCUUAUUGCUAACAAAUCCCCAAUUUAUCUCCUAGAGACUCAAUUUGGUCUCCUCAUCAUCUUUAGCACAUGCAGAGAGGCUGAUGGGUGGGUUGAAGGAGGCAGAUUUUCAACACACAGUGUGCCUGCGUGCACAAAUCAGCAUAAACAGAACUCUUGUCUGCAUGUGAGUUUUCAUCUCUCAAGCUUAACUGAAGACAGGCCAGAGACAUUUGAUUACCCCCGACAUUGGGUUGACAAAAACACUUUACUAAUCCACGAUAAAUGACUAUGGGUGGCUCGAGGGCAGAAGCUUCUCAAAGAGUCUUUGUCUAAUUCUUAAAUCCUUGGGUGAGAAAAUUGUCUUAUAUCCCUGGGAAUCUUAACUGGUAUGCCAAAAAAGAUCCAGAGCAAUGGUCUGGCUUUGUUCUCAUAUUCUUGGGCCGCUUCACCUUAUUCUUCCCAUACUCCUGUCUUUUGAGGCCCUCCUAUUAAAAGUAGUCAGACUGGGAGGGUGGCCACAAACAUGCCAACAACACCCCACUUUAGAUGUGAUGAUGUUAGAUGAUAGGGAACACUAUCGUCUAUUGGGACAGAGGCAUAGGUGGCAUGGAAUGGAUGCACUUUACUUGGGAACAUCCCUGGAUUUCAUCAUAUUCAGGAUGCAGAGUGCUUUAUAAAACCAGUUGGUCAAAGGACUCAUUCUGAACCUUCACAGAGGGCUCCUGGGAACUUGUUUAUUGUGUCUACAUGUUGUCAGUGGUAAAGAAAGAGUAAUCAUAAAAAUUAACCCCCAGAAAUUGGUAUCAUCAGUACUGUAUUAUGUCAUGUAAUAGUUUCCUGUUUUUAGCUGGCUCUUCACAGUUUGCCAAGUGCUUUCAGUAGAUCACAGGGCAACUCCAGGAAGCUAACGGGGCAGGUGUUUUGGCACAAUUUAAACAAUGAGAAUAUAAAGGCAGAGAGAACAUCGGUAAUUUGCCUCAACCCAUAGAACUAGAGAUUAACAGUGGGCUUCCCCACUGUCUCGUACUGCCUUAGCUUAAGAGUUGAUAUUUCAGCUUUCGUGUUAUAGUCUAUAAAGUUUAGCAGAUUUAAUUAUCAGGAGAUACAUUCUCUUUCAGCCCAAGGUGGGUAGAAUAAAGCUACAACACAUCUCUCCUUUCUUAGCAAACUUUUCCUUUCCCUGCUUAUAGCAGGAAACACAAGGGUAUUGCUCAGGGCUUCCUUCAAACAAAUGCCCUUGCUGCCUUGGUCAAAUGUGUUAACUUCUGAAAAUAAUGAAUAGCACUCAAUUCAAUAACAGCCUGCUAAAAUUUUAGACUCUGUUAAAUUAAUUAGCUGCUUGUGGAUUCUUGUUGAAAGGUAUGUAAUAUGACUAUAUGAUAACCCAAUUUAAAAUAUUUAUGGAUAUUUGUAAAAAGCUACAUUGUUAAUUAAUACUAUUACAUAUAAAGCUAAUUUAAAAAUAUUUGUAUUGUUUACAAAAAAAAUUGCUCAGGCUAAGCCUGAGGCAAAAACAAAAAUCUGCUGAGUAGCUGUAUGGCCUAAACCUGGAUACCUUGUUUCUCUUGUAUUUGCAUAUCUUCUCAGGAAAUUAAAAUUAUAUCAUGUAUUUAUAGAA